AUGUCGACCAAAAGUAGUCUCAUCCCCUUUGCAGAGCCCAGCUAUCUGCGCGGGCUUCCAUCACCAUAUUUCCAGGACACGCAUCUGAAAUUCCAGAAAAGAUGCCGCGCAUUCUUCAGUGAGCACUUCCUGCCCUACGUGCUGGAGUGGGAAACGGCAGGGACAGUUCCAGAGCACGUAUGGACGUUGUUCAACAAGCACAACAUGCUACUCCCUAAUCUGAAGUCGCCGUUGCCCAUCAAAUGGCUGCAUCGCCUCGGCCUCAACGACAUCCUCGGCGUCCCCGUCGAGGAGUGGGAUUAUCUGCACACCGCGAUCUGGGUGGACGAAAGGGCGCGGGCAGGAAUCUCAGGGCCCGGUUCAAGUUUGACUCCCGGGUUUGCCUACGCGAUCCCUCCGAUCCUGAACUUUGGAUCGGAGGCUCUGCAGGAGAAGUUCCUGCCGAAGUUGCUACCGGGUCACGCCCGUGCGUGCAUUGCUAUCACGGAGCCGCAGGCCGGGUCGGAUGUAGCGAAUAUUCAGACGACGGCGGUCAAGUCGGCGGACGGGUCUCACUACGUGAUCAACGGCGAGAAGAAGUGGAUCACGAAUGGAAUCUGGUCAGACUUUGCGACAAUGGUGGUCAGGACCGGCGGACCCGGCCCGUCAGGAAUCAGUCUUCUGGUGGUUCCCUUGAAGAACCAUCCCGGUGUGACCAUGCGGCGGCUGCAGGUCAGCGGGCAGCAGGCUGGAGGAACCACGUAUAUUGAGUUGGACGAUGUCAAGGUCCCUGUGGAGAAUCUCAUAGGCAAGGAGGGCGAAGGCAUGAAGUACACCAUGACCAACUUCAAUCACGAAAGGCUGCUUAUCAGCAUGGGCGUGACCCGUCAAGCACGCGUCGCACUUUCGACUGCUGUUGAGUACGCCAUGAAGAGAGAAGCAUUCGGAAAGACUCUGAUGGAUCAGCCUGUGGUCCGCCACCGCAUCGCAAAGGCCGGUGCAGAUCUCGAAACGCUGCAAUCCUGGAUCUUUGAAUUUGUCUACCAGCUCAACCACCUGUCUAAAGAAGAGGCAGACGAAAAGCUUGGAGGCCCUACAUCGCUGCUGAAGGCAAAGGCUGGAAUGGUGUUCAACGACUGUGCUCAGACUGCUGUUCUGGUCUUCGGCGGCAACGGAUAUACCAGAACUGGCCAAGGCGAGUUGAUCGAGAAGAUCUAUCGCGAUGUCAUGGGUGCCAGGAUUCCUGGAGGGAGCGAGGACGUCUUGCUGGAUUUGGCUGUGCGUCUGCUGGUGAAGAACUUCAAGAAGCAGGCUAGAAGUGUCAGUGAGGCGAGCAGCAAGUUGUGA